CCCAACGCCAUUACAGCAGACUGCAAGUAAAUCACGUGAUAACAACACGUGAUUGGGUUCAAAGUUGAAAGUCAAGCAACACUGCGACUCCCCAGCAUGGCGGUCCAAGUGGGACACAGAGCCCUGCUGCAAGCCCUCCGAGUGCAGGCAUCGGGUCGAGACAGCGCGUGCAGGCUGGCAGCAGCCUGGUCCUGCUCCAGACACUAUGCUCUCUCCGGUAAACUCUCGUCUUCCUCUCUCCUGAACGGUCACGGAGCAGUGACACGACACUACAGCUCGGACUCCAAGGAGGACCUCCGCGUCAGACACCUGGACGGAGAGGACGCCGGUAUUGUUGUUGUUGGGAUAAAUCGACCAAAAGCAAAAAAUGCCAUCAGCAAAAAUCUGGUCAAAAUGAUGUUUGAGGCUGUGGAGGAUAUCAAGAAGAAUAACAAAGUGCGCAGUGUUAUCAUAUGCAGUUUGGUUCCUGGGAUCUUCUGUGCAGGUGCAGACCUGAAGGAGAGGGCCAAGAUGCACCAGAGUGAAGUGGGCCCGUUUGUGUCCAAAGCAAGAGCGCUCAUCACAGAGCUGGGUAACCUGCCGGUACCAACCAUUGCUGCCAUUGAUGGAGCUGCCUUAGGAGGAGGCCUGGAAAUGGCUCUUGCUUGUGACAUCAGAAUUGCCUCUGACACUGCCAAAAUGGGACUAGUUGAGACCAAACUAGCUAUUAUUCCCGGAGCAGGUGGUACACAGCGUCUGCCCAGGGUGAUUGGUGUCUCUCAUGCAAAGGAGCUCAUCUUUGCUGCGCGGGUGGUGGAUGGAACAGAGGCGUGUCGCCUGGGUCUUGUCAGUCAUUCUGUGGAGCAGAAUAAGAGUGGAGAUGCUGCCUACCUGCGAGCUCUGGAGCUCGCCCGCGAGAUCAACCCUCAGGGUCCAAUUGCAGUAAGGAUGGCAAAACUGGCGAUCAAUCAGGGGAUAGAGGUGGAUUUAUCAACAGGUCUGGCAAUAGAAGAAGCAUGCUAUGCCCAGGUGAUACCAACUAAAGAUCGAUUGGAGGGUUUGGCUGCAUUCAAGGAGAAGAGGCGUCCCCACUUCAAGGGGGAGUGAAGCCACACUGCUUCCAGAAACAUAUCAGAGCUCUGCCUUCAACUACAGUUCCACUGCUUCUGACAUAGUUUCUGGUGAAACUGUACACGUCCACACAUUAACCUGUACAGUACCCAGAGGACGUCUGUUUGACUGCAGGACAUUGGGGUCGCUCCUGGCUGGUGUUUUUGCCAGUGACUUGGGUGUUCAAGUGUAAAGCACUGGCUGGGUGUGUCACCUACCACCAAGCAAACUAACCAGUCAUUGACCACUGCUUACAAUAUGUAACACUUACUAAUCUAACUUCAAACUGCAGUCUAAAACAUGAAUUACUUCAAACAGUUAUUGCUCUUUGCAGUAUGAUUGACAGUUUGUCACUAACCUCCCUGACUAAUGACAUUUCUGUGAAGAAACCAGAAACUUUGGUAAAAAUGUACUCCUGUAUUUACAACACUGAAUAACGCUAGAGGUGUCUGCAUGAAAUCAUGACUCAGGCUGGGUUUCUGUUUUUUUUUAAUAAUCCAGAGGGGGGAAUUUCCAAUUUGAGACUCAUUGCCACUAUAUGUAGGAUUUGACAAUUUCUGACUUUGGCGCAUCCGCCUCUCUGUUGUGGCAUCACAAGACACUGUAAACCAAGAUGAAUUGGCUGAAAACAACAGAGCUUAAAUCAAGGAGAAUUGUUUAAUUUCUCUACAAAUCAACGCUCAUGCUAUCAGAACAAUUUGAACAUGCUAUGAUGAAAGAAAAACAUAGUGGCUCAAAGGACCACAAAGCAAUUUCCACCAAAGGUUCUGAGGCCCUUAUCACAUAGAAAGUGUUUUAGCAGCUGGACACAUGAUUUUUAAAUGUUUUUAAUGAGAAUGCAGCUUUUUGCUUGCUGUUUUUGUGUUGCUACACGCCUCGCGUUUCUGCGCUCUAAGCUCCUGGCGUUUUUGUCAGAGCGCUCUGAACUCCUUGAGUUGAAAAAAAACUUCAACUCAGAGUGGAAAAGUGCCACAUGUCAUUUCCGCUUUUUUCCCAUUGUCCAAUCAGAUGAUUUAAGAGGUGGGCCUUCUGUGGUUGUCACGUCAACAAGUUUACAGUUUGUAAACAAUGGAGGAGAAACUGGUAGUAGGGGUUGCUGGAUACCCAGAGCUAUACAACUUUACAAACUGCCCCUGAAUCAUCCUAAAAUAUGCCUGGAAACAUCCAGCAUGGAGGCAAAGCUCCUGGACCAACUGGUGGUACUCCCCGUGAUCCAGCCCUUUUUUUAGGGUCUCAUGUGCCCGCAUAGAUCUCUGUUUCCCUGUGCCCAACAGACUAUUUGCCGAAAGCCUCUCACCCUCAACCAGAGCUACAGCAAGUACCCUCUGCCUGUCCAUUUUAGGAACUCGAUACUGAUUACUGUGAAAUAAAUAGAUUUAAAAAAUAAUAAUAAUAUAUAGUAGACUGAUUACACGGGAGGGUUAGAGUGAGGAGGUGAUGGGGAGGUUGCCUGGCAACGAGAAAAAGGCGCAACAAGCUUUUUUUAACCAGUGGCAUUCAAUUAGGAAAAGAAAAAAAAAGCAGUGUGGUGCGCCUUGCAUUUUGCAACCUGCAAAACACUUUCUCUGUGAUCAGGGCCUAACUCUGCCUCAAAAAUAUAAACUUCACAGCUGUCUGACUGUACUGACAUAUUUGCCUAGUCUGUAGUGUUUAAGUCUGGGUUUCAACGGUCAUGGAAAACCUGGAAAAGUCAAAGAAUUUCAUGAUCACAUUAUCCAGGCCCGCAAAAGUCAAGAGAGCAGUAAAAUUUACUUUUAAGUUUUGCAAAAGUCAUGGAAGUUUGGUGUGUGUAAUAAAAUUGUUAAUUGUUAACCCUAA